GUUUUUCCUCGUAUUUUUUUGUUUUUGUUUUUCAGUUCCGGAAGCCAUUUUUUGUAGCAUGCUGCUGCACCUUUUCCAGUUUCUUUGUGUUUCUUGAGAUUUGGGCACCGUACUGCAUAUUCAUAUUUCUGUUGCAUAUUCUAGUUUUGGUCUCACAAAAGUCAUGAACAGUUUCUUCGGUAUUUCACCAUCCAUAUAGUUAAAAGCAAAUCUGAAGUUGAAAAGCGACGCAUUCGCUCCUCUCACACUGUUCUUUGUGUUCCUCUGGCGACAGCUUACUAUCCAAAACCACUUCUAGGUCUCGUUUUAUAUUAGAGUUCAGUAAUGCCUUUCCACAUAAUUUGUUCAGAAAGAUCAUGUCUUUGACUUGACAAUCAUAUUUGCGCGAACCUUUUUAAAAUACCGUACAACCUACCCUUCAAAAAUUAUACAACCUAUAUUUAUUUUAGAGGAAAUGUACAAAAUAUAGACUGUUGUACUAUUGGAAACCCAAAGGGCGUAAAAAAAGUAAAACUGACAAUAAUUAGCCUAACCUAUCAUAGCCCCCCCCCCCCAAUAAUAAAUUCUAAGCUUAACAUACACAAUUUUAGGCCUAAUUUAGUGCCUAUUCGACUUGUACUAAGCUAAGGAAAAUGCUUGGGUGAAGCAGUCCAUGUUCUAUAGGCACAUGACAGGAAAAUACAGACCCUAGUAAUUGAGAGGUGAUGGUAGGUAUAACAGGCUGGUAAUGGUUAUUUAUGGUGGACCGUAGUACCCUGCCAACUGCUCCCAUUGGCUCGCUCACUCUGCUCCCAAAUGCCGAACUUCAGUUAUUUGGGACAAUUUUUCCUUCCUUGCUAGUAAAUGUCAACAGUUUGAGACCAUUAGUAUUAAACACGUAAAUACUUGCAAGUAUCUUUCGGGAUUUGACAUAUAUUAUAUGUUGAAGGAGGUUGGUUGUAUUUGUAGCGUGAUAUUAGUUGUAAAGGGAUAUGUAGGCAGUGGGUGCUGCUCCCCCCACCCCCAACCCACCCUGAGCUUUCAUUUAACCAGAAUAAGCAGUGAUCCUCUGGGUGUUGGGCCGUGUUGAGUGCUCACCUUGCCGCUUGUGCUUGUAGAUACCGGCCGGCUUCUUACGUGGUGUGUUGAGGAGUGAAGCAGCAGCAGGUGUUGAGGGUGCUGGUGCUGCUGCAGGGAGACGGGAAGCAUCACAGGUUACACCACACUCACAUAAGGGCGCCAUCAACGCCGCACAAAGUCACAAUGGCUGCAAUAGUCACCAGCUGGAGGAAUGCAGUUCACAUAAAAAAUUGCUGUAAGGGAGUACGUUUAAGCCAUGCCCAAGCAGCAUGUAGAGAUAUCCUAGGUGGUGAACUGGAUAGCAUACGGGCAGCAGGCACAUGGAAGACAGAACGUGUCAUUACCAGCAAACAAGCGGUGAAGAUUACCGUUCAAGGAAAGGAAUCAACUUUGCUGAACUUCUGCUCAAAUAAUUACCUAGGUCUUUCAAGCCAUCCAGAAGUGGUCCAAGCUGGGAAAGAUGCACUAGAUAAAUACGGAGCAGGACUCUCAUCAGUUCGCUUCAUAUGUGGUACCCAAGACAUUCACACGGAACUGGAAGAGAAAAUAGCAAGAUUUCAUGGCCGAGAAGAUUCAAUAUUGUAUGCCUCUUGUUUUGAUGCUAAUGCAGGACUGUUUGAAAUAUUACUUGCCCCUUCUGAUGCUGUACUGUCAGAUGAACUAAAUCAUGCAUCAAUAAUUGAUGGAAUUCGACUAUGCAAAGCUCGCAAGUUCAGAUACCAGCACAAGAAUAUGCAAGAUCUUGAGGCCAAGCUGCAAGAAUGCCAAGAUGCUCGCAUAAAGCUAAUAGUAACAGAUGGAGUGUUCAGUAUGGAUGGCAAUGUGACUCCCCUACGAGAAAUUUGUGACCUAGCUGACAAAUAUAAAGCUUUGGUGUUUAUUGACGAAUGCCAUGCUACCGGAUUUUUUGGAGCUACAGGAAGAGGAACAGAAGAGCAUUUUGGUAUACCCACUGAUCGAGUGGACAUAAUCAACAGUACACUGGGCAAAGCACUGGGAGGUGCUGCUGGAGGCUACACUACUGGCCCAAAAGAGCUGAUCACACUUCUCAGGCAAAGGGCAAGACCUUAUCUCUUUUCAAAUUCUAUGCCACCACCUGUAGUGGCAUGUGCCAGCAAGGUAUUUGACUUGCUCCUUGGAAGUUCAGGGUUUGCUGAGCAAGUUCAAGCCAACACGGAGAGGUUCAGGUCUCAAAUGACGAAUGCAGGCUUCACUGUAUCGGGUGAUAACCACCCCAUUUGUCCCGUCAUGCUGGGAGAUGCUCGUCUUGCUUCAAAUUUUGCUGACCAAAUGUUAGAGAAAGGCAUAUAUGUGAUUGGCUUCAGCUAUCCUGUAGUACCAAAGGGCAAAGCAAGAAUCAGAGUGCAAAUCUCUGCAGCCCAUACAUUUGAUGACAUUGACCGCACUGUUGAAGCUUUUAAGCAGGUUGGCAAGAAUCUAAGUGUAAUUACUUAGGGCUGUUUUGAGUUGAAACUAGGCAUCUAGGAUUCUUUUUUUGGAGUAUGACAGGUUCUGUUAUUUGUUACAUAAAACUGGUAUGUGAUAUUUUGCUAACAAUAAAAGUUAUGAAACUUCA